AGGCCUUGGCCUGGGCUACCUCGAGCAGACGCUAGCCAUCGAAGAGAUGUCUCGUGCGGCGGGUGGCGUGGCUCUGAGUUAUGGGGCCCACAGUAAUCUGUGCGUUAAUCAGAUCGUCCGUAACGGAAACAAAGACCAGAAAGACAAGUACCUACCAAAGCUUAUCUCGGGAGAGCACAUGGGUGCGCUGGCCAUGAGCGAGCCCGGAGCCGGGUCGGAUGUAGUGUCCAUGAAACUGACCGCCGAGAAGAAAGGGGACCGGUACGUACUCAACGGUAACAAGUUCUGGAUCACCAACGGUCCCGAUGCAGACACACUGGUGGUAUACGCCAAGACAGACAUGAAAGCACACUCCAAGGGUAUCACAGCGUUCAUUGUCGAGAAGACUAUGAAGGGGUUCUCCACUGGACUAAAGCUGGACAAGCUAGGCAUGCGAGGCUCAAACACCUCUGAGCUGAUCUUCGAGGACGUCGAGGUCCCGGAAGAGAAUGUCUUGGGCGGUGUAGGUAACGGCGCCAAAGUGCUGAUGAGUGGACUGAACUACGAGCGUAUUGUUCUGUCCGGUGGGCCGCUGGGCCUAAUGGCCGCAGCACUGGACGUGACUCUGCCGUAUGUACACACGCGCGAGCAGUUUGGGCAAAACAUCGGCGAGUUUCAGAUGAUCCAGGCUAAGGUAGCUGACAUGUACACUGCGUUAGUAUCGUCGCGUGCGCUCGUCUAUGCCACUGCCAGGGCUGCUGACGCUGGACUGGCGGACAACAGAGACUGUGCCGCGUGCAUCCUGUACUCCGCCGAGGCCGCGACCAAAGUGGGCCUAGACGCCAUUCAAUGCUUAGGCGGAAACGGAUACAUCAACGACUACGACACAGGACGUAUUAUGAGAGACGCCAAGCUGUAUGAGAUUGGCGCAGGUACCACCGAAGUCAGAAAGCUGAUUAUCGGAAGAGCGUUUAACGCGAUGUACAAAUAGAUGGAUUGCGUGCUACUAACUGAGCAAUACAAUAAACUGUCAGAACGUUUAACGCGAUGUACAAAACAAUAAUAACUGAGCAAUACAAUAAACUGU